GGCCCCGAAAUGCUGCGGCUUCUCCGUUCCAAGGGUUUCCUCGCGCCGCCGCCGCCGCCAUGCCGUCGCACAAGACGUUCCAGAUCAAGAAGAAGCUGGCGAAGAAGAUGCGCCAGAACCGCCCCAUCCCGUACUGGAUCCGCAUGCGCACCGACAACACCAUCAGGUACAACGCGAAGCGCAGGCACUGGCGCCGCACCAAGCUCGGGUUCUGAGCUUGGGGAGGAGAGGAGGACGAGGCGCCGGACGCCGCUGCCCUGGGAAGAAGAAGAAGAAGGAGAAGCUAGGGCUUAUGGGUUGCGUCGUGUUCGUUUCGAGGUUUUGCCUGUCCUGAAGAGACUAUCAGUAGCUGUGUGUAUCUUGGAGCAUCAUAAUUUUGCUGAUUAAAGAACCACUUUCUUAUCCUGCCUAAAGUUGUCUGAAUUUUAUCUCAGCUGCAGUGGAUUGAUCAGUUGAACUCCCUUGUUAGCAUAAUCUGAAUAUCUGAUUAUCUGCA